AUGGCUUCCGAACAACCCCAGAAAAUUGCCAUCUUGUCGGUUUACGACAAGACCGGCCUUCUUGACCUGGCGAAAGGCCUCGUCAAGCAGAACAUUCGCCUGUUGGCAUCGGGAGGAACCGCAAAGCUCAUUCGCGAGGCCGGCUUCCCUGUAGAAGAUGUGUCUGCCAUCACCAAAGCACCAGAGAUGCUCUCUGGUCGCGUAAAGACGCUCCACCCGGCUGUACACGCUGGUAUUCUUGCCCGUGACCUGGCGUCGGACGAGAAGGAUCUGGCGGAGCAGAAGAUCGACAAGGUUGAAUACGUCGUCUGCAACUUGUACCCGUUCAAAGACACCGUGGCCAAGAUCAACGUCACCAUGCCUGAGGCCGUUGAAGAGAUUGAUAUCGGUGGAGUGACACUUAUCCGUGCCGCUGCCAAGAACCACACCCGCGUAACGAUUCUGAGCGAUCCGGAGGACUACCAUGAUUUCGUCCAAUCACUGGAGAAGGGAGGCGUCACGGAGAAGCAACGCCAGCAAUACGCUUUGAAGGCAUUCACUCACACUGCCGAUUACGACACCGCAAUUGCAGACUUCUUCCGCAAGAAGUAUGCUGGAGAGGGUGAUCAACAGCUCGCUCUUCGCUACGGAGCCAACCCUCACCAAAAGCCUGCCUCUGCUUACUUCUCUGGCGCUCCUCUGCCCUUCAAGGUGCUGUGCGGUGCUCCCGGAUACAUCAACCUUUUGGAUGCGCUCAAUGCCUGGCCUUUGGUUCGCGAGCUGAGCCUUGCACUUCACUACCCGGCAGCGGCAUCGUUCAAGCACGUCUCACCUGCUGGUGCUGCCAUUGGUGUCCCGCUCAGCGAUGUUGAGGCCAAGGUCUACAUGGUCGAUGACAUUGAGGGGUUGAAGGAGUCAGGCCUGGCUCAGGCCUACGCUCGUGCUCGUGGCGCCGACCGCAUGUCCAGCUUCGGAGACAUGGUCGCCCUCUCGCACGAGGUCGAUGUUCCCACAGCUAAGAUCAUUAGCCGGGAGGUCAGCGACGGUGUUAUUGCCCCUGGCUACAAGCCCGAAGCUCUGGAGAUCCUGAGCAAGAAGAAGGGUGGCAAGUACCUCAUCCUCCAGAUGGACCCGCUCUACAUUCCCCCGACCCAAGAAGUGCGAACACUCUACGGCGUGUCCCUUACCCAGCACCGUAACGACGCGACCAUCUCCCCCACGAGCACUUUCAACACAAUCCGCGUUCCCAAGGAUUCGCCACCUCUCCCCGAGUCCGCGCUCCGCGACUUGACUGUCGCCACCAUCGCUCUCAAGUACACUCAAUCCAACAGCGUAUGCUACGCUCUCAACGGCCAAGUCAUCGGUCUCGGCGCGGGCCAACAAUCCCGAAUCCACUGCACACGUCUCGCCGGCGACAAGACCGACAACUGGUGGAUGCGCUUCCACGAGCGCACCCUCGGCAUCUCAUGGAAGAAGGGCGCCCGCCGCGCCGACAAAUCCAACGCCAUCGACCUCCUCACCUCUGGAAUUGUCCCGGCCGCGGGUCCCGAGCGCGAGGCCUGGGAGCAGAACUUCGCUGAGGUGCCCACGCCUUUCACCGCCGAGGAGCGUCGCGCCUGGUUGGACAAGUUGUCCGAAGUCGCCGUCAGCUCGGACGCUUUCUUCCCGUUCACUGACAAUGUCUUCCGUGUCGGACGCUCGGGUGUCAAGUACUUGGCUGCUCCCACCGGUAGCCAGAAUGAUCAGGCGUGUAUGGAUGUCGCGGCUGAGUUGGGUAUCACUUUCGUGGAGCAGCACACUCGGUUAUUCCACCACUAA